GUCAAAUUUAUUCCUGUUUUCUGCAGUUUUAUAAAUAAAUUUGAAAACAAUCUAAUAGUCCUUGGUUUGCAAUGGUUAAUCCGAAAUAUGCAGAUUUACCAGGAAUUGCUUACGAUCAACCUGAUGUUUACGAAACAAGUGAUUUACCAGAGGUAGACCAAUCAGAAAACUUAUAUGAUGAAGACCCAGAAAAUGAAUGCAUUGAAAGGCUUCAUAUUUCAGCAAAAGAUGCCUUUUCUAAAUUCAGAGGAAAAUAUCUCACUGGUAAUGUAGAUUUUUCUGAUCGGCUCAGUAAACGAAUUAGAACUGGUUAUGAUGCAAGAUCUGGGGAAUGGGAACUUGCCGCAGAGGGAGAGAAGGAGACUCCUUUUCAAAAGUUUCAUAGGCUGCAGUGUGAAACUCGUGAACUUUUUGAAGAGUUAACUGUUUUGCAGCAAAAUGAAAAAGAUGUGAAUAAGGGAACUUAUGAAGACAUGGUCGCCCACGUUGCAGCUUCUCAAAAAUUAAUUGAAAGUUUGCAGCUCCAAGAAGACACAAAUCCAAAGCAGAUAACUAAUUUAAACAAACUCAAUGAACAGAUUAAACAACUUCAACUAAAUGAAGCAAACAAAACUCCUGAGACAAGUAGCAAGUCAAAAAAGGAAAGUACUUUGAUGAUUUCAACUAAAAUUGCAGACUUAAUGCAAAGAUUACAUGAACUAGAAAGUAAAGUGGGAGUAACACCAGAACGUUUAUCGCGUUUGAUGCUGGCAACCGGACGAAAUACUUUAAUGGAGGCUGCUCAAGUUCUGAGUUCACGAGUUUCAAUGCUGCAAUCUCCCCAAUUAGACCAAAUAGAUAUGAGAUUAGGUUUUAUUGGCUCAAAAAUGGAUUCUAUAAUAACUCAACAAGGAGGGGCUCAAGCUGCAGAAAAGGAUCAGAAGAUAAUUGAGUUGUAUGAUCAUAUUAAAAAAUCAGAAGACAUUUAUCAGUUAGUUCCAGAUCUUUUAGAAAGAAUGCAAGCUCUGACUGAAUUGCACAAAGAAGCAAGUAACUUUACGAAGUCCCUAGCAGAACUAGAAACACUACAAAAAACUAUUACAACAGGUGUGCAAAACAACAAAGCACUUCUACAAGGUGUUCAAGAAGUUUUUGCUUCGUCCUUACAAAAUAUAAAUACAGAAAUUGCAAAGUUGGAUGAACGAUUGAACAAGAUUUCAAAAAAAUAAUUUUAUAAUAAUCUGCCUGUUUUUAAUACUAUUACUAUUUAUUACU